AUGGAGGCAUGCCAAUUUCAAGAUUUAUCCCACAUAUAUGCUUGGCUAACUAAGGAAACUGAAGAGUUCACAGUAGAUUUUCUUAGUUGCAGAAAAUUAGCUGAAUUUGGCGAUCUAGUUAAGCAGCCAAGCAGGCUGGCAUCUUGCAAUGAUUUCAGGAUCAAUUACUUGCAUACUUUCAAAUUUACUAAUAUGAAGCAACAAUCAUAG